UUGUUGAUUAAAAUAUACUGAAAAAAGUGUUCCCAUCAUCAUCAUAAGCGGUGAUAAAAUAAUUAUUUUGCAUGAUAACCUUCUUCCUUUAUGUCAAACAAAGACUUUUCACAAUUAUUGACAAAGGCGCCUUUAAAAGAAACAUCACUUCGACAUAGUUUGGAUCAUAUAAGACUGUCUUGGAAGAACAAGGCUAUACUCAGUAAAACAGACGCGUAUGAGAUAAGUUGGUACAACUUGAUUCCCGAGACGAUACAAACAAAACUAGAACAAUAUCCUGAGGCUAGUCUAAGAAUAUGGUAUACACACAAGCUAUAUGUCUUGUUGACCAAGGCCAUGUUGAUCGUGGAUCAGUCUGGAUUAAAGAUGGAAGUAUCAGUACAGGAUAUGAUGGUUUAUGAUCAACCCUUUUUGUUUGAUGUACGGUUGGAUCCAUUUGUAUGUGUUAUUGUGAGUGUACAGGGUCAUAUACGAUGGAUUCAACAUGACAAGUUUCCAUCAGACUAUACCAUCCCAAUAACUGAUGGCAUCACUACUGUAAAGAUGAUAAAUAUGGAACAAAUCUUGCUAGGUACUGUAUCGGGUGAUAUCUAUCUUUGUCAUAAGGAUGGGUUGUUUAAAUUUUAUAAGCAACAAUCUUGGUUUGAUGCAUUCAUGCUGACUGGAUCGUAUCAUUUCUCCAAAAUACCCUCAUUAUCUGAACAAUUCAAGCAAGACCAUGGAUCUAUUACUUGCAUUCAAUUUGUAAACUCUAUUGCUUAUAUCAGCACAACAAAGGCAAUUCAUUUAUGGAACAUGGAAAAGCAUAAAAUACAGUAUAUAGCACAUUGUAUGAUAGAAGAGACAAUUAAGAACAAGAUCAAACAACAUAUUCCAGACUAUUAUGUUAAAAAAGACCUUCAAUGCGAGAUUGUGGGCAUGAAUGUACAUAGUAACCGAGAUAUUGUGUUGUUGAUCUCCUAUAGUUUACCAAAUAUGCAAGGUUAUGUUCAGUACUUUGUGAUCAAGUGUCAAUUAGAAAAAGAACAAGAGCAUUUAGUAGCACACAUUAUAUGCGGUCAUUCUUUAGCCUUUACGACAUUAAAAAGAAAAGCACAUUUGAUCUCUACUAAAGAUAUUGCAUUUGUAUCAUUUAAAGAUACAGUCAUAGCUACUAGUAUUGACAAGACAUCUAUCUUUGAAGCGUCUGUUUAUGUUCAAGAUCAAGUGCUUUAUACGGAAAUAGUGCAAGAGAACACAGUCUUAAUCUAUACAAGGCAACAGGGUGCCAUUCGAUUUACAGUGGAUGUUGACAAGAUACUAAGUUCAUGGCUAACAGAUAAUAUGUAUGCUAGAGCAGUUAAAAAUAUUGAAGAAAGUGAUACUCGUAUCUUUCAAUCCAAGUUGGAACAAGCUGUAUUUUUUGGAGAUGCACCUAAUUCUCCUUUACAAUUCCCCAUACGCCGUCAAAAUCAAGAAAAUGUAUCUCGAGCUGCUUUAGAUUUAUCCAACUCUAUUUUGAAUGGACAAUGCCGGUUCCUCUCUUUGGAUAUGGAUUUGAGUACAUUUAGUUGUGCUCAAUACUAUUUUCAGAAAAGAAUCUAUACUGUCUUGAAAGAAAAUGAUAUAUACUCAUGGCUUUCUAAGCAGGAUCGAUUCAAGUUAUUUCAAAGAACAGAGACAAGUAUCGUCUGUCAUACAGUAUCAAAAUACAUGGCUAAAAGUCAACCUGAUCAAGAAUUAAGAAAAAAGUUGCUUCAAAUAAUGCAUUCUGUUUCUUCAAGUCAAAUACAAGAUCUUGAAGAGCAAUUACGUUAUUUCUUUAAAAGAGAGAGUGAAAGUGUAGUCCAUUUGUUAAAAAUGGUUCACAUCGAAGCUUGUUCUGAACAGCCAACAACAGAUUUCUUUUAUUAUGCUAUGAAACUGAUGGUGAAAGCAUUGUCUAUAGCUCAUUAUUUUGAAGAUAAACAUACGCUUGAAUAUGACAUGAAUACAACUCAACCAUCUAUAGCAGCCAUGUUAUGCGAUUAUUUGACUCGUUUAUGGAUCAAGGGGUUUGAUAUGGACAGCCAAGAUACUGUGCAGUUUGGUCAUUCAGAAAGAGCUUCUUUACGUCCAAUGGUGGAUAUUGCUUCUCUCUUACUGAACACUCUUUCAAAACAAAAGACUGAAGAUGCUUAUCAGAUAUUUCGAGAUACUCGCCACCUUGUCUUUCACAGACUACUUGAAGAUCAAGAUUUGAUUUGCAAAUUGGUAAAAAAGUAUGGUGGUGCCUCUAGUCUUGUUCAAAUAGUACAAACCUCAGCUCAGUCUGUUGAGAAGAAAAGAGAAAGACAUUUAGCAUAUAUUCAGCAUUUGGGAUAUCCUUAUUUCAGUUGUUUAUUACUCUAUCUCUCUCAAAAAGAUCAAUAUGAUCUAGUGGAAGACUAUAGCACUCAAUUCAACCAGUUUGUCGCUCCAUUCUUGAAUCAAUACCCUACACCAAGAAUGGCUUGGAUAUACUACCUUCAUCGUAAGGAUUACAUUCAGUCUUAUCAACAACUCUUAUUAUGCUUCAAGACGCAUUUACCAAAAGAAGAACGAUUGAAUAUGAUGGCAUGGAAGACAUUACUUGAGAAAUUAAUAAAAUCAACAUAAUAAGUCAAUCUGACAUCAAAUCCAAAUUGCUCCAAGUACUGAACACGACCCAUAUCCAGCACACGCUUGCAUUUUAAACCAAUAGCAGUACGUUCUUUAUGAUCUCUACCAGAAAAAUGAUGGCUAAUAGGGAUAUAAAUACAUAAACACACAUAUACAUAUAUGCUUGCUUACGUGGUUGCAUCUUCUUCUUCCUCUUCUUCUUCUUCAUCUUGGUUUGCAUGUUCGUCUUGAUUUUCUUUGAUUUUACUACAGGUGGCCCAACUA